AUGGUUCCCAAUGUGCAGCCUUCCCUUCCAUCCUCUGCCUAUUUUCGCCUCUAUCUAAGGGGCAAUACAUCCUCAGAGGAGGCCCCUGUGUCGCUCUCCGCUGCUGGUGGCACCACGGGGUCUCCAGCGUCCUUAGGGGCCCCUGCAGCCGUCUCGGCUACUGCCGACCUCUCGUCCUCCACUGCCUCCUUUUCGACUUCUGCCGCCAGGAAUGCGCCUCGAAGGGCCCUUACGCACGCGGCCCCUUGGGCUGCGUCUCUCUGUGACAGCGGCAAGGAGGCUGGCUCUCCGCAGAGGCUUCGAAACGAGCGAUGGAUAUCGAGGCAACCCCCGCCUUUUUCUUCUUUCUUCCAUGCGUCUUCCUCCGCAGGGAGUGGAGAGCCUCGAGAAGCGCCUGAAGAGGGUGUCUUGCCACUGCAGUCCGUUUUGGACUCCCGUUCCCGCCCUUGGUUUGGUGCUCGUCAGGUUCUCAAGAGGAAUGCCUCCACCUCCUCCUUCAGCUGUGUCUCUUGUGUAGGAGCUUCUGAGGCUAGUGAACACAACGGAGCACCUUGCGCAGGGAACGGCCCCCCAGCAGUGCCGUCAGCCUCAGCGUCACCCCACUCCGGCCUCACAGCCGCACUGGAGAGGCUCAGGCAACACUCCUCAAGUGCAACACCUCGCGUUGCCUCUGCUCUUGAGAAUGGUGCCUCCAUCGUCGCAGCAACCGCUGGUGAAGCAGGGGAAUCGCUGGUGCAUGACAAAGGGACGCCUGGAUCUCGUAGCAAAAGCACCUACAGUGCCACAAGCACUUUCAGAUACGACGACGGCAAGACAAGCAGUGAGGCAAAUAGCCCCGAAGCAACGAAGGAGCUCUUUGAUGCUGCAGUCGGAGUCUCAUGCGACUCAGCAAGGCGCAUCUGUAUUCCCAAAAGACUCAUCGACGCCUCAGAAGCAGCAAAUGAGCAGUGGCGCCGCUUCGACAGUUUCCUGCCUACAGCAGCACAAGCGCGUACACCUGAAGGCCGAAAGGCAACAGCAACAGACGUUGCAACGCCUGCAAAACCAUACUGCCUGGGCCCCGCACGAGCUUGUACUGCAGCGGCAGACACCGCACAAAUCUGGCGUUUCGCAAGUUCAAAUGCAUCAGCAAUGGCAGAGGCACCAGCAUCUGCAACUAAGGCAAGACCCCCGCCAACAGCACCACUUAGUGGGUGUGGCUCAUGCAGUCCAAGAGCAGCGUCGUCGAUCGGCUUCGGCACCUCGACGGCCAAAUAA